AUGGCCCGCACAUCCCCCCUCCACUGGCUCGGCGUCACCUUCCUCCUCCUCGCCGCCAUCCUCCUCCUCAUCACCACCAUCUCCGCCCCCGUCAUCGGCGACAUCGCCAUCUUGAAGGUCACCCUCGCCAACUCGAGCGACCUCCGCCACUCCAGCGUCACCUUCGGCUCCUUCGGCCACUGCGUGCUCGACGUCGCCCCCGCGCGCACCGACCAGGAUUAUUGCUACCCGAGGAGCCUGGGCUAUAAGCCUGCGGACGUCAUGGGCGCGGUCGACGGCAAGUUGGGAUUUCUCCAGUGGCGGUGA